AAGCUAAAUCUGCUAUAGAGGUAUAUGCUAUAGUAGAGCCGCCGCGAUCCGCGUACCAUAAUUUUUAUCCUAUACCUUCGUGUGCUGUAUAAUCUGGUAUCCGUCUUCGGAGUUGAUUUAGUUUAUCCGUUAAGCAUGCGCGUUUCGGUCACUGUACCACGCUAAGACUGCCCCUUUGUGUACGUUUUUCUCCCUUUUUUUUUGUUUUCAAAAGCUCGGGUUUUUUUGCACCUUUUUUUGGCGCAAAUAUUGUAAUUUUCCGUAUAAUUAUUGGUAAAUUUUUUUCGAAAUAAAAUUUCAAUUCGUUAUCGCGACUUGCGAAGAGAUUAAUUUAAAUAUUAUAACGUAUCAGUGUUUUUUUUUAAUUUUUUUUUGGUUGCUAAUCUGUAUUCUUUUUUUGUUGUACAUUCGAUGGUUUGAUUAGUAUAUUCGGUCAUCGUGAAGUUUGCAUUUUGUUCAACUGCGGUUUAUUCGUUUUAUUGUAUUGAUUUGAAUUUUAAUAUUAUCUAUUUAUUUAUAAAUUUAACGUAAAUGUUGCUUUUUCCUGUGUUCAGUUCAUCGUAAAGGAUCACUUCUUGGACAAUUUUUUCUGCUAGCAGAUGGUGUUUAUGCUGAGUUCGCGUAGUGUAUCGUCUGUUCUCUACAUCGGACACGUCUUUUUAAAGUCAUUGUCGUUUGCAUUGCGAGCCAAUUGCAGCAAAAAUUAACCAUUACAGUUCAAACAGCAAAUCGGUCCAAUUAGCACCGAUGGGAGUGUAUGAAGGUUUAACACAGGUUAAACCGGGGAUGCAUUGGCAACAGCAUCAGGACAGACAUCAGAUGCUCUUCGCCGCAUACGAUCCAUCCAGAGACCUGAGUCCGAAUUUGCCAACCACCUCGUGCCAAGACUCCAUCACCAGUCUAUCCGCUGGUAGUGGAGCUCCAUCGCGCAGCAGCAGCAAUAGCGGUUGCAGUACACCGAAUAAUAACACCACCACGACCAGAAUCGGAAUGUGUUGCACGUUCAAAGAAGAAUACGACCAAACCGAGUAUCCAAAGAUUCCUUCAGCCGGCGGUUGCCAAGACUGCGGCCAGCACAAUAAUUACCCUAAAGACUUUAAUAACCAUAGAGCCGUGUGUAAAACCGAAAACGAUAAUUCGGAUUACUACGAUUACAAGAAACCCGUAACGUCCAACGAAUACGCUAACCAAAUAGAAAGUAAAUCCGAGAACCCGGUAGGGUCUCCGGAGGACGAUAUAUUGAAAAUGUGCGCCGGCUGUGGUCGUCAGAUAUCCGAUAGAUUUUAUUUAUACGCCGUCGAUAGGCAAUGGCACGCGUCCUGUCUGCAAUGCUCGCAGUGCUCCAGAACCUUAGACCACGAAGUUACUUGUUUCGCCCGCGAUGGCAAUAUUUAUUGUAGGAAAGAUUAUCAAAGAUUAUUCAGCCAAAACCGAUGUUCGCGAUGUAAAUCCACCAUCUCGUCGCAAGAGUUAGUGAUGCGAGCUCGAGAAUACGUUUUCCAUCUACCUUGUUUUUUUUGCGUCGUUUGCAUGACUGUGCUGAGGAAAGGCGACCAUUUCGGCAUGAGAGACGGUGAAGUAUACUGUCGUCUGCAUUACGAACUCCUACCACCUCAUCCGGCCGACCACAAUUCGCCGGUACCGCCGCCCGAAGAUUACUCGGCUGCUGCCAAUCGACCAGGCGCCUUUAUACCACCGGCCAUCACUCCGUCCUCGUUGCAAACUUUACCAUCGCCCGAUUUCCAGUCACAAAACCAUCAUAAUAUUAUUUCGCAGCAGCAGCCGCAAACGCAGCCAGCCCAGCCGCCGCAUAGUUUACCUUUAAGCAACGAUUCCGAGAAUGAAAAAGUCACUAAUACCUUUUACAACGGCGUUUCGGCGCCUAGGCCGAAAGGCCGGCCUAGAAAACGAAAGCCCAAGGAUAUCGACGGAUUAGGAUCCGGCUUAGAUAUAAAUUCCGAUUCCUAUUUAGAUAUGGCAUUCGGCGGCAGCGGAAGCCAUGGUUUAGGCGGACCGAAUGGAUCUCAUCACCAAAGAACCAAACGCAUGCGAACGUCGUUCAAACACCACCAACUUAGAACGAUGAAAACCUAUUUCACCGUUAAUCACAACCCCGAUGCUAAAGAUUUAAAACAAUUAUCACAGAAGACUGGUCUAGCUAAAAGAGUAUUACAGGUAUGGUUUCAAAAUGCUCGAGCCAAAUGGAGGCGAAUGCUGAACAAGCAGCAGGAGAAUAACGGUACCAGUAUAAAGAACAUGGACGACAAAAGUUGUUCGGAUAAUAGUAGUUCAGCUUUAGAAUCGGUAUACCAUCACGGCCCAAUGGGUAUGACCAAUCACAGUCCUCAACAUUAUCUAAGUCCUGCAUCUUUAGACUGUAAUUCAUCUUAAUCUUACACACGUGCUGUAUACCUAUAAUAAUAAUAAUAUAAAAUAAUAUACGAACCGCAACAAACACAUCACAACAAAAGUCGAGAGUGAGAGAUGCAACAAAUAUUCCUUGUGUUCUCUAAGUCAACAUGUUUAGUUUUUUUUUUUCCUCUUUAUAUAGGUAUAUAAUCUAUUUGUUCGUUAUUAUUUUUUGUUUUUUUUCUCUCUCACUCUUCAUUUCGAUUACAUAUACUUAUACGCUAUUAUUUAUAUGUAAAUCGACAAUCACUUUGAGACAAUAUUUUAUGCGUAUUAAUUUUUAAAAAAAUCGACAAUAAUAUCGCCACAUUAUAAUUAUACAUGAUUCCAUUUCGACAAACAUUCCAUUUUGACGAACGAUUUGAGAAGAAAAAUUUACCCAAUGAUAAUUUUUGUCCCAAUUAUAUUUUUCUAGUUAAGAUAUUAGGUAAUUUAUUAUCGUACCUUUACGUGUGUCUGUGUAUGUGUCCUCUCGUAUGUAAUAUAUGUAAAAAAAAACAAAGAAAAAAAUUACGCUUGUAUUUAUAAAAUGCAAGAAGAGGUUCGUCUCGUUUUUCCUUUUCGAAGAAUUUUUUUCUCUCUUUCUUCCUUGUUUUAAAAAUAUAUUGUCAUUCAUAUUAUUGCAAAAAACGUGAAAAUUUUGUACAGAAUAUACAAUUUGUGUUAUUUUAUUAUAUAAUUUUUUUUUUCUUUGUAUAAAUUUGAUCUCGGGAAUUUUACGUCUAUAUAAAUGAAUUGAUAAAAAAUUGACAUUUUAAUGUUCAUAGUGUGCAAUAAAUUAUUGUUUAUUGAAAUUC